CCUACCUAGUACUAUUAGGCAGUCAACUCGAAUUAUUAGUCCUCAUCUUGCUUCUUCGUCUUCUACUUAUAUAAUAUAAGUAAUAAGUGACAUAAUAUAAAUCCCCCCGCCUUUGGGAUGGGCCUCGGAAGACCAUGACACCAGACGAGAUUGAAACGCUAUUUAGCAAUGUUCCGGACAGCGAGGAAUCAAGAGUUGAAGCAUUGCAGCAAGUUCUCGACGUUGUUCAGAAACUCCACGAGACCAAAUCCCAGGAUCUCGUGACUUUAGCAGAAAAGGUCGGAAAUGGAAGCAGACAAGAACCAUGGAGAGUACCCCUUGGGGAAUCCGGCCUGUUGGGCUUCUUCCUAGACCUCCUAAAGGGGGAUGAUACCCCCCAGGAUCUUGCAAUCCAGUGCUUUCGAAUCAUAGGCAAUUCCUGUGCAGACAAUGAUGAGAACCGGCAAAGGGUCAUCGACUCGGGCUGCAUCCCUCAACUGGUCAAAUUGCUAGAAACGGACUCCCUACUGCAAUACGCCAUCCCGGUCUUAUUCAACAUUUGCGUUGAUUAUGAGCCUGCCCAGGCAGCAGCGUAUAAAGCUCGCUUGGCUAUUCAUUUGUUGGACUCUCAACUAUUGGAGAAGACCGCGGCCUAUAAGCAUAUCGUCUACAAGUUAAUUGGCUUCGUAGCCACUCAAGAAUUUGAAGCCGAUUUGGUAGUUACCCAAACACCUUACCGCCUCCUGAAUCUCGCCAUCCAAGAGGCAUCUAGUUCAGAAUCACCAGAUCUCGAUAACUUCCUAGGACUAUCUAGUGCAGCAUUGGCAUAUCUUUCUCACCAGUACCUUCAAGACAGCUUCCUCGAGACUCCAGACGGUACCCAGCUAUUCUUGGAGGCUUUCAAAACAAGCACCAAUGGCGGUGAAUUAUUCCAACUCGAAACUCCCGAGGAACAGAGUCAACUCAGACAACUACAAGGUACUUUUACCCAGGCAUUAGCGGAUCUUUCCGCCAACCCCCUCUUCGUCUCACUAUUCCCCUUGGACAGCCCCGUGGUGAACUCCUUGAUCGACUGGAUAUCGUCACCUCACGACGUGAUCCUCCAAUCAGCAGCCUGCCUAACCCUAGGUAACCUCGCCCGCUCCGAUGCGUCGAGCACCACCCUAGUGCAGGAGAUGUUAGUUCACAAGCCGCUGAUUGCCACACUCUCCUCCCAUUCGCUCGCACAGGACCCCCAGCUGCUCCAUUGCAUACUCAGCUUCCUGAAGAACCUAUCCAUCGCCGCGAGCAACAAGGCCGUUCUAGGUGAUGCGGGGCUCCUGGACCCCGAAGUCCUGCCCCGUAUCUGGCACCUCGACACCCAGCCACAGGUCCAGUUUGACGCCAUAUCCCUCACGCGGCUUCUCCUCGUCAACUGUCCAGCGAACGUGCGCCGCGUGUGCGUGCCCGCGGCGGGACAAGAUCAGACAUCUAUACAGCAGCUGAUGGAACUGCACCCGAAAGCAGACCAAGACCCUAUCAAGAUGGAAAUAUCCCGCGCAGUAGCCAACAUAUGCCGGGUUCUACAUUCCUCAAACCCCAUCGGCUCUGCCCUCCUACCCCAACCCCCUCUGCCCGACCAAACAGAGGAAGAGGAAGAAGCACAACACCUCCUCCAAGAGUUCUACGCCAAACACACAACAAUCCCCACCACGCUCCUAUACCUCGGCCUGCAAUCCAGAUUCCCCGUCCUCCGCUCGGAGCUAUGGUUCGUCCUCGCGCUGAUGGCCCGCUCGCCUCAGGGCGCCGUCUUCAUCAACGACGCUAUGCUGCACCAACAUCCGCAAAUCAUCGACAUCCUCGUGGAAUCCGUCACGGGCGAGAAACCGUCCGCGCCCGCGAUCGACAACGAUGACCACCACGACGCUAGUGAUGACACCCCCCCUACACAAGGAUCCGACAACCCCGAUGAUGAUGAUGAUGAUGAUGAUGUAUCAGCAAUAACCAAACAACUAAGCCAGCUAGAGCCUCAGCAGGCGGACCCAGCGAAGGCCGCGACGAUGGUGAAAGUGGACCGCGAGAACGGGCUGGUGCUGAUCGCCGAGCUGCUGAAGCAGUGCUCGUCGGAUUUACCUGCUGCGACGAAAGCCACGUUCGAGCGGAUACUGAGGACGGGUGGGGAGUUGGUGCUCGGUAGUAGGGAGUAGGGGUGAGGAAACUCUGGUUCUGGCAUUAAUUGAACGGCUCCAUAUAGGUGUAGUGUAGGCCAAGUCAGUUUGGGAUAGGUAUCUUGAAUACUCUCAGUUCCUAGAAUUAUGUAACUUCACAGUAGUUGCGUAGUUACGGUCAUGCACAAAUGUACAUGCUACAACCUUGAAUAGAACAUCAGAUACCUGCCAAGAAUAAUAAUCAUCGUUUCCCACUUCCAGUGCGACUUUUUAGUCUGCUUCACAUUACUGACUCGUAUUUUUC